CGGUGCGGCGCGGCGCGGCUCGGCGGCGCAUGGGGCGGGCGAGGGCCGGCAGCGCCCGGCGGCCCCGGCGGGACAGCGCGGCCACCAGCUCCGCCGCGGGCGGCAGCCGCCGGGCCCGAGGGAAGAAGGCGAGCGGAGCCCCGGACGGGCCCGGGGCGCAGGCAGAGCCGCCCGGCCCCGGCGCCUUCGAUCUGGGGGCGCAGAGCGGGCGCUGGGCCGCCUUUCAGGAGCGGCACCGGCUGAGCUGCGAGGAGGCGGCGCGGCUGCUGCUGGACGCCUACGAAUACAGAGGUUUGGUCAAACACACGGGAGGCUGUCACUGCGGAGCCAUCCGCUUUGAGGUCUGGGCUUCAGCAGAUCUGCAUGUUUUUAACUGCAAUUGCAGCAUUUGCACAAAGAAACAGAACAGACACUUCAUUGUCCCAGCGUCACGUUUCAAGCUGCUGAAGGGGGCGGAUAAUUUGACAACAUACACCUUCAACACACAUUGUGCCCAGCACACAUUCUGCAAAACCUGCGGUGUACAGAGCUUUUAUACUCCUCGUUCUAAUCCAGAUGGUUAUGGAAUAGCUCCCCAUUGUCUGGAUGAUGGCACCGUGCAGACCAUUGUCACAGAGGAUAUCAAUGGCAAGGAAUGGGAGAAGGCAGUGAAGGAACAUAAGACCAUCAGAGACAUGUCAAAACCCUGACACUGACCCAGCAGCUGAACUUGGAGCACUGCCGUGGAACUGUAGUCUGGGCUUUCCUGGGUGAGGGUUGGCAAAAACAAUCUCUCCAUUAUUGUUUGUUCUUAAAUAAAUCUUUCUAUGCUGCCUGA